AGGUCGUGUCGACGGGACAGGGAAGGAAAUGGUAAUGUCGUCCGUCCGUACGGGUCAGAAGAACGGUUCAGUUGGGACACGGUUUUAGACGAUCACAAACCUUGCAGGCGGGUGUUCCUGUGUUGCGUCCUGUGUAAGGAUCUCCAGAAAGUUGCACAACAAACGAGUGCAUUGCUAGGAUCGCGAAUUACGGUUUGACUGGCGGAUAGUGUUCGGUUCUGCAUUAUUGGCAAGUGAUUGCACAGAAAAUCGGUUCAAAAACGUGGCGAUCAAUGCUAUGUUCUGUGGCUGUGUGCGUGAAUUGUGGUCUCUUUAGACCGAUAAUGAUCCUGUUAAAAUAGUUAAGUGUUACGGAAGUGGUUUAAAUAGAUUCCGUGCUUGCUUUUAAGAGCGGCAAGCACGCGUCUUCGAUCAAUCAACAACAGUCCAAUUUUAUCAAUCCACAUAUAUCGAAAGGUCGACGGGUUUCUGUUCACCCUAUCAGGAUCUUUAAGGUCCAACCACACGGUGUGCGAUGAAGGAGAAGAGUAAGAAUGCUGCCCGGUCCCGGCGAGAGAAGGAAAAUGCGGAAUUUCUAGAGCUAGCCAAGCUGCUGCCAUUGCCGAGCGCAAUCACAUCACAGCUCGAUAAGGCCUCGAUUAUACGGCUUACAACGUCCUACCUGAAGAUGCGAGCAGUAUUUCCCGAAGGGCUGGGAGAUGCUUGGGGCUCACAGCACAUCCCAAACAAUCCUCGCGACCUCGCUAUCAAAGAGCUUGGAUCACACCUUCUGCAGACACUGGAUGGGUUCAUUUUUGUCGUAGCGCCGGAUGGAAAGAUAAUGUACAUCUCCGAGACGGCCUCGGUACAUCUUGGGCUCAGCCAGGUGGAGCUGACCGGUAACUCGAUCUACGAGUACAUACACAACUACGAUCAGGACGAGAUGACGUCGGUGCUCUCGCUGCAGCCAAACAUGUUUGUUACACCAUCACCGGCUACCGGCACCGGUACCGAAACCGCCGGUACCGGCCCACUGCUAUCCACUACACCCCACUCGUCGAUUGCCGAUCCGGGCACAACAGCGUCAGACUCUCCAAUAUCACCGUUUGCAAGUCUGCUGCAUCCCGGCGGUGCCGACUCGCCACCACAAAAUCUCGCCUCGACCGGCGCAUCAAUUGCCGCAAUCGGCAGUAACCUAGGUCAAACGGUACCGCCCGGUCUGUCGCCUAGCGAUAUGCAAACUGCAAUGCACCAUCAACAGCAGCAGCAACUGGGCGGUGGGACGGGUGGCCAUUCGCCGCUCGGAACCGUAAAUCCUCCCACGUACGGUGCGGGCACGGUUGGGUACGGGAUGCAGCAUCCCCAACAGCCCCACUCACAUCAUCACAAUACUCACCACGGUCAUUAUCACCAUCACCAUCAUCAUCAUCACCAUCACAGCUAUGGGCAGCACCACCUCUCGCAGACGAUUGAGAUCGAGCGUACGUUCUUUCUGCGAAUGAAGUGUGUGCUGGCGAAGCGUAAUGCAGGGCUCACUACCAGUGGCUAUAAGGUCAUACACUGUUCGGGAUAUCUCAAGGCGCGCAUUUACCCAGGCGAUGCUACGUACGGUGAUGGACACAGCUGCAUUCAAAACUUGGGACUUGUGGCGGUCGGUCACUCACUCCCACCGUCUGCCAUUACGGAAAUCAAACUCUACCAGAACAUGUUUAUGUUUCGCGCCAGCAUGGACCUGAAGCUGAUUUUUCUCGACGCAAAAGUGGCACAACUCACGGGAUACGAGCCGCAGGAUCUAAUUGAAAAAACACUCUACCAGUACGUUCACGCAGCAGACAUCCUUCACAUGCGUUACUCACAUCAAGUCUUAAUGUACAAGGGCCAAGUUACCACCAAGUAUUAUCGGUUUCUAACGAAAGGCGGUGGUUGGGCGUGGGUACAAUCGUAUGCUACCGUUGUCCACAAUACACGCUCCUCGCGCCCACAUUGCAUCGUCAGCGUGAACUACGUGCUGAGUGAUCAGGAAGCGCAGGAUCUGUUGCUGAAUGAGGUGCAGCAGCCGCAACAUACCGGAUCUACACAGCAUCAGUCUUCCCCCAAUGUCAAACCGGAAGCAAUCGCGUCCGGAGGCGUCGGAGGUGCUGGUAAUGGAAAUAAAGAGCGAACCGUUAGUGAACCGGCGACAGCGCUGGCCGCCACUAUGACACCGGUGUCUGGGUUAACUUCCGGCGUUCCUGCCCACAUGUCUCCGAUCGGUGGUACAGUGGUGGGCGGGAAUGCUACCGGACGGCGGGGAAGUUCACAAUCACUGCAACCUCCUCAUCAGGGUAGCCUGUCCUACAACUCGCUGCUAUUAGGAAAAGAUCUUCAAGAACAACAUCACCAACAGCAGCAACAACAGCAGCAGCAGCAGCAACAGCAUCAACAACAUCAACAACAGCAGCAACACCAGCAGCAUCAACAGCAUCAGCAACAGCAACACAGCACCUUCAUUCAACUGGCUAGUCUAGAAGAUGAUGCCAGUCUAGGCCCUAUUCCGGGUGCACCAUCAGCCUGUCUGGUAACCCAUCCCGGGUCUUCUAUGCCAUCUGCACAUGAAGAUUAUGAUCUUCAGAUGCAGUUCAGCGCUGGCGGUACCCACCAAGAGCCGAACACAGCCAGCACCGGGUACUGUAUGAACGCAACUCCCUCUGGCGGAAUGCUCGAUGGACAUACGGGAUCACACGGUGGGCCGGACGGUAGUGACGCGUUUCUGGAGCCAUACUACGAUCAAUUCUACGGUGGAUACGAUUCCCGGCAGGAUCCAAUCUCUUUACGCCCAUUUUCCGCAAGUUCCAACAGCUGUAGCAGCUCGGAGGGUGAGGCAACGCUGACACAACAUCAACAGCAUCAGCACCAGCAAGACCAACAACACCAGCAACAUCACCACCAUCCACAGCAACAGCACCAUCUCCAGCAACAGCAACAUCCACCACCCAGCUACGGGAGCAUGACGACUGCUUCCCUAUCAAUGUCCGGUGCAGGAACAGGUGUACUGCGGCAGCAUGUUGGUGCCGGUGGCGAUCAAAGCUACGGUGACCUUCACCUAGAGAGCCAUUUUGCGCCUACGAACGGACAUCAGCAGCAACAUCAACACCAUCAACACCAACAGCAACAUCACUUAGAACAGCAACAUUCACUUACGAACGGUGUUGCUAGCAAUGGGACAUCUAAUUUCCUGUACGAUGCUUCCCCGGCCACGUUGGACGGCAGCACUAGCUCUGCGUCCCCGUUCGAUGGUAUCUCACAACAGCAGACAGCGUACGAACAUCAGCACACCUUGCACCAUCUCGCUCCGGCCACCCAUCAGCAUCAUUUCCGGCCGCAUGGCGACCUGCAGCUCGGUGACUCACCUUUAGUGAGCACGUCCGGUAUGCUCGGAGGGGUAGGGUCGCCUGCCCGGUCCUCGACAGUUGUAGAGCGGGAAGAAGCAACCACCGAUACUGGCGCAAACCCCUCCAAACUACCCAACCAUUCCGUAGUGUCAUCACUGCCGAACGGCAACAAUAAUGGCGGUAAUAGCAAUGGAAAUCUCACCAACAACUCCAACAAUCCUCUGCAAGCGACAAACAAUGGCAGUAACCGAACAACUAACAGCAGUAUAAUUAUUAGUACCGCUGGCAGCACGGAGGGUAACCAUGGUGACGCUAAUGGCGCUGCUGGUGUCGUAACGAUCAACGUUAAUCUGAACCAUAUGCACAACCACAGCAAUAACAAUACCACCAACAGUAACGCCCAUCUACUUACCAGCAAUAAUAACGAACAUAACGGUGCGAUUAACAACAACAACAACAAUAACACCAAAAGCAACAACAAUAAUUUGCACAGUGUGAAAGGAUACGGUGCCGAGAACGUCCGCACGGUCGGCAUAGACAGUAAGAAGUCUGCCGUCGAUGGCCGAAAUCAAUCGAACCGCCAGCAGCAACACUUUGCCGAUACGUACGGCUUGCCGCACUACACGAGCGUUAUCGUCGAGUCGGCAACAUCGACGUCGUCGGCAGGAUCCAGUACGACCAACACUACCAGUACUAACGCCAACAAGCAGCAGCUGUCAUCGACCGAAUACGUUCCCCAGGAGCAGUGCACGUAAAAGUGGUGUCGUGCCCUCGGAGGAAAAAGAAAACGGAGGAGAAGAAAAAUCCAAACGCGGCAGAUUAUUAUAAUAUCGAACAUCGAACCGAGGGCGGACAAUGCCAGGAUCAAUUUCCAUUCGAGCACUUUAAUCAAUCGGAUUCGCUCUCUCGCUCUGUGCAUCGCAUCGUUGGCGGUAAGCAACAACAAAAAAACGUAGAAACUCACUCCGCGGAUUAUUUGUUAAGUCGUAAUUUAUGCGCAAAACGACUAACCGUUGUUUUUGUCGGACGCGUUGCCCAGGGAGCGAAUUUUUCCGCGGUAGGGAAAAUUUGGCGGUCGGGAAGCCUUGAUAAAAUGGGCAAUCUGGUGCGAUUUUUGUUUUUUUUUUUUUGCAACAAGGGAAAACCGGAGCACUUGACAGAAAGCACCACAUUCAUUAGGAUUAGCAGGCGUGGGUCGGUAGUGGUGACGAUCUUAACACCAACAAAGGCUAAUUAAAAGCGGACCCGUUCUCUUUUUCUUGUGUUUUCUUUUAAGUUACAUUACUAUUUAACUUUAUUUAUUGUAUGUCGCUUCUUUUGCAAUUGUUUUUUUUCGGUUUGUUUUGUUUUAUAUCAUACGCCUUUGUUUUCUUUUUUAAUCCAUGGGGACUCUCGGGAGGUGCAAACAUAAGUGUCAUAAGUUCGUUCUCGUUUCGUCUCUCUCUUUUUGCCGUUUUUCCACAAUCUUUUCGAUUCCUUCUUUCCAUGACACCGUCUUUGUCCCGUGUGAGCAUGCGGGAAAUAAAACGGGUUGGAAUUUUUGAGCAGGCUGGCUGGCUGGCUGACGGACUGGCCGACCGGCCAGGAGCACAGAGCUACAGCGGGAAUCAGUGAACAUCACAGUUAAUCAAUUCAAAUACAAUCAAGGGUACUGCUUGUGUGUAGAUAAACGACUACUUGCAUCGGCAUUACAUGUGUUCAAGAACUAUGAUUAUUAAUUAUUCUACCAAUGGCAAAUAUCGUUUACGACUGGUGCGAGAUUGUUAUUUGUCCAUCCCCGAAACGCAGUGUGUAUUGCAAGGGAGCAAGCACCAUGCUGUUCUGCCGCCACCCUGUUAUUGGUUUUUGGGUACCCUUGAGUACAACGUGUGUGCCCUGCAUGUCUAGGAUGCUCUAUUUGUUGUGGGAAGAUACAAAGUUACCAAUCACGACACGGUUUCGUUUAAUCAUUUCCUGGGUUUUGCUUUGCUGGAUCAAGCUGUCACACGAAAAGUACUAUCUCCUUCUUUUAUCCACCUUGCACUACCCUUCUGCUUAGUUACAAUAACUUAAGUGUGUAAUGUUUGAGAUAACUCGAUGCCUUCAUAGCCGCUUUAUCACUUUCAUUACCGUUUAGCCCAUUUCAUACGGCUAGCUGUGCAUCGAGAGGAUGUGUAGGCCGCAUAGACAUGAUACGGUGUUUUUUUGUUUUUGUGUGGAAUAUUGUUCGUUAAACGGUGCGUUACACGCACACUCACAAUUAAGGCGGUUUACUACCGGCUGUUUGGCUGCUAGUAGAAAGCGGCUAAUACACCACGUGCGUUUAGACCACCUUGUUUUUCACUACCUACACAUUUUCACGUCGACCAAAAACGAAC